AUGAUUUCAUGAUUUAUUUUGCAUCUUUUUUAUCUCUAAAAAUAAGUUUUUAUGCCACGAUUGUGGAUAAAACCAUCCUAGCAGCCAGUAAAGUUCUAUCUCAAGAUGAGUAACAACAAAUAUCUACUAGAAGAAUUCCGCCUGAAAUGGCGUGAAGAGCUGGAGACCGAUAAACCACAAAAAUCUUCAACAAAAUCAAGUCAGAGCAGUGGCGGGACUGCUGGUUGUUCCAGUGACAGUGUGGGGAUUAAGUCAAGUUACAGUGACCACCCUUUAAAUGCAAAUGUAUUGCAUCCAGGUAGCAAACCUACUCUUGCAAAUAAACGGGCUAAUGUCAGCGAUGACUUAUUUGGAUUUGAUGUCAAAGUCAAAGGACAACAAGAACCUUGUCCUCGUGGACAUUACUUCGACACAAGUUCUGUGUCGAAGAUCAAGAACCAUGUUCCGGGAACAAACAAACGGAAGGAAAGGAGUGAUUCAGGUGAUGAGCUGGAGAAAGGAGCGGUAAUCAAAACCGGAACCAAACAGCAGCUAGCUUACAACCCGUUCUCGAUGGUUGAUCAGUUGUUGUCCUCCCCAGAAACAUUCAGAAUAAACAAUGAAAAAUGUAAUUCAGAGGGAAAGAAAUGUAUUGAUUCAAGUUCCAUUGAACCUGCCACUAAAAGGCGAAGAUGCCUAACGGCCCCUGUCCUCACCAAGUCUGAAAUAGUGUCUACAGAAAUCAGACCAAGGUGUGUCAAGACUGAUCAUGCUGUCAAGGACACAAAGGAUGGUGUACUUGUUGACAUUCUAAUCGCUGAUCUAGAUGAAAUCAAUGAAAUUCCAUUCUUUGACUGCAGUCUUCCGAGAGAGCUAGCUAUGAACAUCUUCAAGCAUUUUGACAUGAAGGACCUUUGUCGAUGUGCUCAGGUUAGUAAAAGCUGGCGAAGUUUGGCAGAAGAUGAGUUACUGUGGUGUAUGGUCUGUCAUAAGAUGGGAUACGAUAAAGAGUUGGUAACAGCAAGCCAUGAAGACUGGAAAGGACGUGUGAGGGAAACCUAUUCAAGUAAUAAGUCUUUGAUUUAUAACUGGAAGAAUCGCAUAGGGAAGUUUUCUACUUUUGAAUACGUUCAAGGAGGGGUGCUAUCGGCCGGACACUCAAGAGAUAAGCUGAUUGUCGGAGGGUACACCAACUGCCACGUUUCCAUCUGGGACCUAGAGAAUGAUACCAAGUGCAUCCUGCAGCCAUCGACUACAGCACUCGUCCUGAAUGAUGGGGAGGAUGGUGAUGGAGCUAUCCCUAACUUUGUAAACAAUGUGGCUGUCAAUAAACACAUAACUGCUGCUUCAUAUAAUCAAGGCAUGUUUGAUAUAUGGUACAAUGAUGGCGACUUGAAGCCUGUGCAAAGCUUCCAGUCAACCCGGCCUCCAAUGACGUGUGAGCUAUGCGUUGCGAGGGACAAACCUGUCGUGGCAUACUCCUGGGACCGUCAUAUCAGAGUGGACUCGGCUAACUCGGAGAAAGUCUUCUUUUGUGUAGAUGAGAUUGAUUUUGGCGGACAUAUAUCCCAUCUUAGACUAGUCCCCAGACAAUCGUACUCUUCCACUGGUAGCUCUAACCUCCUGAUUGCAUCGACUCCAUCAUAUGUCAACCUCCACAUCCCAGGUGAACCCAGGAGUAACAUGACCACCGUCCACGAGGUGGCACAGACACAUGUCACGAGUUUGGAUGCAGGACUUGACCUCCUAGCCUGUGGUGUAACAUACUACUCAUUCCUAAGUAACUGUAAGAUUUUCCUCUACGACCUUCAUACUGGGCGGGAACAGGCUGCUCUUUCAGGGUUUGAUGGUAGUGGCACAAAGUGGAUCAACUUGGCCGAUAGUCCACAGAAUCACAUCAUAUCAGCAGAUUUCUGCAGAAGAUUCUACAUCCAUGACCUGCGUCAGCCCACCCCAGUAUUCCGUGAAGCAACCAACUUUUUGAUCUCGACGAUCCAGAUGUGUGACUGGAAGGUCGUAUGUGGAGGCGAGGAUGGUCAGACUGCUGUCUACGAUCAGAGGAUGGGCCAAAAACUAUGGGAGUUCCAUAAUAGGCAUCCAGUACGCUACAGCCACUUCCAGAAUGACUAUCUUGUGACAGCCAAUGUUCCUGUCAAUCACUUCCCAGAGCAAGACGAUGGGGACCAAGUCAUGAUGCAUAAAAGAUACCGGGGUGUUAUCCAGCUGUAUAACUUCUCAGUGAACCAAGAUACGGAAGGCAUCCAAUCUAUCUGCUCAUCUGCGUUUGAUGAACCCAUUGGCUAUGAUUACAAUAUCAAUUUAGCAAUGCCGUACGAUGUAGUCUGAAAAAUCCACAGGAUAUUUUCUAAUGGGACACGCUGGAACCUCAUUACCUCGGUAUUGUGACCAACCAGUAACCAAAAAACUUCAAAGCAUUGUAGUGAGAUGGGACUUGAUCAAGAUAGAUAUACCUUAAAAGUGUUCAGCAUAAUCUGGUUUUGGUGUACAUUGUAUUUUAUGGUGACUUGUCAGAUACCCUUGGAUGAUGUUUCUUCAAGACUUGACUCAAUGAAGAAACCAGUAUCAUAAAAUCAUGAUCUUCAAAUUUGAUAUAAAAUGUGCAAUCAGUGUGCCAAACAUGUCAUUGUUGUAAAUGUUGAAAAUAUAUGCUACAGUGUAUGUAGGCUAUACAGUAAUGUGAAUAAAUG